GUGUGGUCAGUGACGAAUUGAGGACAAAUUUAUAAAAAAGAAUGGAGUUGGAUUGGAAAAUCUGAAAUGUAAUGGAGGGAAAUCGAGAGCAGCGUCCGCAAUUGCCUCUCGUAGGUGGGGGGCGACCGUCUUCCUCAUCCUCCUUAGCACCUCCAACUUCAUGGGCGUCCACAACUUCGGUUUCUGCUUCAGGCAAGAGAAUUCAAAGAGAAAUGGCUGAGUUUAAUUCCGACCCACCUUCCCAUUGCUCCGCUGGCCCAAAGGGUGACAAUCUCUACCACUGGUUCGCUACCAUCUUUGGCCCUCCUGGAACACCAUAUGAAGGUGGUAUAUUUUUUCUUGACAUACUUUUUCCAUGUGAUUAUCCAUUCUAUCCUCCAAAGGUUGUAUUUAAAACCCGAAUCUACCACUGCAAUGUGGAUUCCGCUGGUAAUGUAAGUUUGGACAUUCUGAAGGAGAACUGGAGUCCAGCACUGACAAUCACAAAGGUGUUAAUUGCAGUGAAGUCGAUUUUUGAAAAUCCAAACCCUUAUGAUCCAAACGCACCUGGCGUUGCUCACUUGUACUUAACCGAUAGAUGUAAGCACGACGAGAUAGCUGCUGAGUGGACACUACGUUUUGCCAAGUGAAUGGAAGCAAUAUUAAUGUUUUGGACAUCAUUUUUUGAAAGAAAUUGCUUCCACUUGGUAUUUUACUUUGUGUUUGUUGAUCACUUGAAAACACCUGCUGGGUGUUUGCCAAAAAGUUCACCAAGAACACCGGAAAGCAAACUCCAAAGUUCUGGGAUGCAUGGGUGGAUGAAUGGUAUGAAUGAUUUGUAGUAUCAGUGAUAGUCCUUUGAGAUUAAAGCGUCAAAGUGUAAGAAAAAUCAGUGUUUUCUUCUUUCACCAUGCUAGUCGGCCGUUUGGUAUAGGAAAAUAGGAUCGAGGUCGGGGUCGGGAUCGGGAUCGGGAAUAGAGAUGGGACUGAGUAAGGAUCUUGCAUUGAUUUAUUUGGUACAAGUUCAAAUAGAAAGGUAUGAGAACCAUGUAUUCUUUGAAAUCUUUUAUACCCACAGACAAUGGUUCAUACACACUACCCUUA